AUGGCUCUCAAUGGUGCUCCUGGGGAGGAAGAAGAGUUCUGGUUGUUUGGUUACGGGAGCCUCAUCUGGAAACCACCUCCUCACUUUGACAGGAGGAUCCCCGGCUGGGUUACUGGCUAUGUGCGCAGGUUCUGGCAGGUAUUUACAACGUCCCCUUCCCUUCAGCCUCUCCAAGACCACAGAGGCACCCCCGAGGCCCCAGGCCGCGUCGUGACCCUGAUCGAGCGAAGCUACUGGGAGCAGCUGACGGACCACCACGACGCCUCCGCCGACGACCGCGUGUGGGGCGUCGCGUACCGCAUCGUGCCCGACCGCGUCGCCGAGGUCAAGGACUACCUGGACAUCCGGGAGAUCAACGGCUACACCAUCCACUACGCUCCCUUCCACCCUGCUGUAACGGCGAUCCCAACUUCUACAACUGCGGCUACGACUACGACUACCGCCACGGGCCCCAUCCGGACCCUGGUCUACAUCGGCACCCCCGACAACGACCAGUUCGUCGGCCCGCAGGACCCCCAGGCCCUCGCCGAGCACAUCUACGACAGCCAUGGCCCCAGCGGCCUGAACCGGGACUACCUGUGGGGGCUCGAGCGCGCCCUCGACAACCUGAGCCCCUCCAGCGGCGACGAGCACGUCACCGACCUGUCCGUCAGGGUCCGGGCCAUCGACGCGGCCCGUCGUCGUGCUGCUGGUGUUGGUGGUGGUGGUGUUGGUGGUACUGGGGUUGCGGACGGGUCAUCAUCAUUGGGGCCCGAGGGGCUGGACCAGCAGCAGCAUCAUCAUCAUCACGAGUUCAGAAAGGUCAGCAGCGUAGAUGAGCAAGAAGAGACAGAGAAACCCUCGUGA